AUGUUGCUGUUUCUACCACUUUAUCGUCGUACCAUCUCUGUUACUUUCCUGAGGCUAUCGUCGGCAGUUUCGCAGGGAGCUAACGGUGAAGAGAAUAUUGAAAUGAAGCCAGCAAAUUACAGACCUGGUUCAGACUCUUAUGCAUAUGAAAAUCCGUGGCCGAAAUUAAAUGGUAGUCGUCUGGAUUGGCUAUUUGGUGAUGGCUGGAGAAGACCACUGGCAAAAGAUCAGGGCGGCCAGAUCCGUCGCAACUGGAUUUGGUUUGGUUUAUCACCCUAUGAUGAACAUGCAGAUUGGUUGAAAUUUCAUCAGUACAUGUUUGUUUUGUUAACAGUAAUGGUUAGUUGGGUGACGCUGUACAUCCUAUACGCUGCUCCCGAUUGGCCACAAGCAAGGGAUUGGGCAUAUCGAGAAGCUCAUUUGGAGAUGGCACGAAGGGAAAAAGCAGGAUUACCAUACAUCAGCAAAGACUUGAUUCGACCAGACAAAAUUGUUCUUCCAUCGGAUGAGGAGCUUCAGAACUUUGAAAUUAUCAUUUGA